GCGGAAUGAAUACAAAUGGCUAACAUUGUGGUUGCUUAUAUCUUGUGGCUGACUGGAGGCUGGCUAGGACUUCAUCACUUCUAUCUUGGACGAGACAAACAAGCAUUCGUUUGGUGGGCAACAUGGGGAGGUUGUUUAGGUCUAGGAUGGUUUCGGGACUUGUGGAGGUUACCUGAAUAUGUUUAUGAAGCAAACAAUGAUGAACGGUAUUUAAACGAACUGAGAUAUCGCCUUGUGGUGUUCCCUCGCCCACCGUUCAAUGUUGCACGAUUUACCGGAGAACUUGUGGUUGGAUAUUUAUUUGGUAUUUUGCUUAGGCUGGUGAUCCCUGAGGAGUACACGACAGAAGGUGUAGGCUGGGUGUUGGCAGUGAUUCUACCUCCCUAUGGAGUCGCCGUCGGAGUACAUCUGGUUGCCAACAUUGGACGACAAAAGUCUACAAUGUCUUCACCUCUGAUUGGUGCCUUACUGGGGUUGCCAUGGAUACUGUAUAGAACUGAUAAUAUUAUGCCUGGAGUACUUAUAGCUGCAAUUUUCGUCAACAAAUUUGGAGUUCAGUGGGAAGCUGAGAGGAGAAACGGAGGGCAUAUUUGUAAAAGAGCACUUGUAUUGACAUUUUGCGGAAUGAUCUACAUAUCUAUGUGGACCUCUGGAAUUUAUUUGAAUUGUUCUGUCACAAAUGAACAUGGCGAAACCAUACCUUUACGAGAGGCGAUUCCAAACUUUUUUAAAUCCCCUGCCUGGGAAAAUAUGAAGGAAACUAUGAAGAGACUUUAUGAGUAUUACAAGCUUUACGGAUGGGAGAAACUUCGGCAGCAGAUUGUUGAGGCUAUGGAUCCUACAGGAGAAGCAAAUGCAUAUAAAGUGCUGGGUUUAAAUGAUACAGCCUGUCAGAAAGAAGUAACGAAACGAUACAGAGAGCUCGCGAAGGAAUGGCAUCCAGAUAAAGUCAAAGACCCGGACAUGAAAAUGUUAGCUCAAGAAAAGUUCAUAGAAAUCCAAAAAGCAUAUGAUACCCUGUCUCAGAUACAAUCUCGCAGAAAAUCAACGGAAUCAGAAUCGCGACAGAAAAGUGUUCAUAAUGAUCAUACGGAGUUUUGAAAAUAUUGUGGAUCUGAAAGUAUUUAAAUGUUUUCUUUGUUUGUUUUAUACUGACAAAAAUCAUCAAAUACAUUAUUGUACUUGAUAGUCCAGCAUUUCUGAUUUAUUGAAAAAAUCUACUUUUCAUUAAUAGUGAAUGCAAUUUUAACCGAACUUAAUUUUUAUUUUCGUUUCAUUGUUUUC